AUGAAUUCAAAUAACGAUGAGCUUCUGGAGGUUUUUCGAAGAACGAGAGAGCUCAAUCUUUGUCCGAACCGCAUAUGGGCUGUUGCAGGGGAGAAUUUACCUAAAUUGGUGCCGGAUUUUAAUUUGCUCCCAGGCGCUGGAGACAGAUUUGACGAGCAUGGGAACCACAACAAGCAUAACGAGUGUACACCCGAUUUUUGUGAAUACUCUCAGCGUGAUUUCACAGCGGUCAAACAGCGGCACGAAUGUAAGGAUGCCAAGUGUUUGAAACUGCAAGGCCAAUUUUCGAGAAUUAUGCUGGAGAGAGCUGCGCACAAUGGGCAGUCUACGGCGUGGAAUCUGGCCGGAGAUAACAUACUCGAACCCCUUCAGCCAUAUAUGGCCAUUUCUCACGUCUGGUCGGACGGAACCGGAACUGGAGCCUGGAAAGGCGGAGAAGUUAACGAGUGCCUGUAUGAAUUUUUUAAAAAGAUUGCAAAAGAGUUCCAAUGCGUCGGAAUAUGGUGGGAUACUCUUUGUAUUCCCCGUGAAAAGGCUGCCCGCUCAAAAGCUAUCCGAAAGAUCCAAAAUAAUUACGAGGACGCUCGAAUUACCUUGGUGCACGAUUGUUUCCUCAGAAACUGGGAGUGGGACCCCGAAACCGCAUGUUUUGCCAUACUGAUGUCGCCUUGGUUCAGUCGAGGCUGGACUGCCCUGGAAUUGACUAAGUCGCGAAGAGUCAAGGUUAUCUUUAAAGGGGUUUACGGACCUAUCAUUAAAGAUCUUGACGAAGAGAUUCUUGCAAAGAAUGAUGAGCUCAAUAGCCCCCGCAAAGAAGCCUCUCGGAUCAUUCGGAACCUACGGAAGGACUUCACGACACUCAAUGACCUCUUGACUGUAUUGAGCUCGCGCCAUACGUCUUGGCCUAAGGACAUAGCCACCAUCUCCGCACUUUUAGUAGAUGUUAUUCCACAGGAGUUGCAGCAGGACACAUAUAAGAGCAUUCUGAAAAAGAUUGGCCGGCUUUCGCACGGACAUCUCUUCCACAACGCUGUGACAAUGUCUCAAGGGUUUGGCUGGUGUCCGGCCAAGCUAUUUGAUAUGCCUCUGGACUCGUCUAACGCCUCUUUAAUCAUUUCUAGAGAUGGAGAUAUCGAAGGGAAGUGGCGGGUCAUCCCUGUGGACGCUGAACUCGAAAAUAAGUGCUGCUGGGAUAGCACGCAUUCGCUGAUAAGACGGGAGCUCCAAUAUGCCCUUAGAAGCCCUAAGAAGUGUCAGCUCUUGGCUGAGUGCGGCAUAGGGUCGGUAGGAAGGGCUUUGCUUGUGAGGGAAAUGCAAGAGAUCUUCCUAUUUCAAUACGUUGGUACGGUAUACUUCCGUCAGAAGCUAAGGGAAGAAGAGGGCAACUGGAUCGAAAGAAGUAUAACAAUAUCAAGUUACCGGGGCAAUGACAAAAAAAUUGUCUCUGACCGCAAUUGGAAAACAGGCGACAGGGAAGAAAUUGCCCACUCAAACAAAGAGAAUCCGGCAGACGGUGCUUCCGAAGCCGAGAGAUUUCGCUGUGCCAUAUGGAGAGGGGAUUACCAGACAUUUCACGAGUUGAUCGAAAAGACCAGUCUAGACGCCCCGGACCAACUUGGACGGCGCCCGCUACAUCUUGCCGCGGAACGAACGCAAAAACCGAUGGUGGAAGAUUUAUUGCGCUGGAAGGUUGACUUAAACGUACGAGUCGAUGGAAUGGCGAAGGACAAGGAUGGGAAUACUGCACUGCAUAUAGCAGCGCAGCUGGGAUUGUCGUCCGUUACGAAACUCCUCAUCAAGAAAAGUGUCAUUGAUGUAAAGGGCUACAACAAUCUCACCCCUCUACAUCUCGCGGCCAUAAGCGGGCACAUCACCGUGGUGGAGUUGCUCCAAGGUGCCAACGUUGAAGCAAAAGAUAACAAAAUUGGUUGGACGCCACUACAUUGUGCGGCUGAUUACGGAGAUCAAAAUAUUGUCAAACUCUUGAUCGAGCGCGGCGCAAAAGUCAACAUAAAAGACGAUCGGGUAGGUUGGACACCCUUACACUUCGCGGCGAUGAAUGGGCACAAAGCGGUCGUUAGUCUUCUGCUCGAGAAAGGCGCUGAUAUCACAGCCAAAGACAAAUACGACUGGACGCCGCAACAAUUCGCGGAAAUAAAUGACCACACGGAGGUACUUGAGCUUCUGCACGGUACAGGAUCUGGCAAUGUCUUCGCAAAUGAAGUUCGUUGGACCUCCCUGCACUGCAAGGCGAUAAACAACCAGCGGGGUUUAAUCAAGCAAUUAAUAGACGAUGAUUUUGAGAUCUUGUUGAACGACAAAGAUAAGAGUUGGAAACCAUUGCAGUUUGCGGCAGAGAAUGAGCUCGAAACUACGGUUCGACGGUUGCUUGAUGCAGGCGCUAAUAUUGAGGCAAAGUGUGGCCAGACACCGCUGCACUGGGCCGCCGAGCAUGGUUCUAAGGCGCUCACGCGGCUGCUGCUGGAGCGGGGCAUCAACAAAGAGGCCAAGACCCAGGAUGGCAGAGCGCCCCUGCAUUACGCUGCUGAGGGUGGACAUGAGGUAGUUGCCCAGCUCCUCCUCCAAGUUGGCGCCGAUAAAGAGGCCAAAUCCCAGGAUGGCUGUACGCCGCUGCAUGGGGCCGCAAUAGGUGGUCACGGGGCGGUCGCCCGGCUCCUCCUCGGGGUAGAUGCCGAUAAGGAGGCUAAAGCUCGGGGUGGCUGUACGCCGCUACAUAACGCUGCCGAGCGUGGACACGAGGCAGUCACGCGGCUCUUACUCGAGAAUGGCGCCGAUAAGGAAGCCAAAGAUUCAGAUAGCCGGACGCCACUGCACUAUGCCGCCGCGAAAGGGCACAAGGCAGUCGCGUGUCUGCUCAAAUAA